AUGGGUGAUUUGCUUGACAACGUGGACACCCAAACCAGGCUUAAGGAUUAUGCAAUUGCCCAAAGAAUCAAAGAUGCAGAAAUUGUUGGGAAUAAAUCAAAUUUGAAUCCCCUACAGGCACCAUUUGCGUAUAUCGAUGGUACGCUCUCCUCGACGGAAGGGUUAAGGUUAUUGACCACAAGUCUGAAGUCUCUUUUCACUAAGGAACACAAAAUCAUUGAAGAUUCCCAGUAUGUCGAAACUGUCGAUAAAGAACAAAUGAAAAACAUCUCACAAAUAAUCAACAACUAUAAUCAUGUGAAAAAUGAGAAUGAUGAAUUGCACUCUAUAUUCAGUCACAGAACUUCUCAUGAACAAGAGGUGGAUUAUUACAUUUUCCAAAGGUUAUUGAAUGAUCCCCAACCUAUUAUUUUACCAAGACGUGAUAAAACUUGGAAACAUUCGAAUUGUGAGAAACUGUUUGAAUCUCAGCAAAUAUUGGAUAAUAGAGAUAUCCAGCUAGUCUUGGAUGAGAAGUUUCAAAACUCGAAAAAGAAUGAGAGUAAGAGGGGAAAUAAGGAAAACUUUAUGAAUGAACUCCUAUUCCCGAAAAGUAUUGGUGAAUUUAAAACCAAUAAAAUGAGUCCUGAAAACUUAUCAUCUUCAAUAAAUGUGUGUCUAUCUGAUAUUACGUAUCAGUUUGUUGAUGCCCGGGAAUCGAAGAAAGCCGAUGAAAAUAGCAUAAAUAAGAGCCCCGCAACUAGGGGAAUGAACAAAGAAUCAAUACUGAAAACUUCUGUUAUGGCUAGAAAUAGACUCUAUAGGUUACAUUUGGAAUUCAACUUGGGCGAUUACGUUUUACGUUGGGAUAUCGAUAAGGAUGUCAAGAGUUUGAGGUCUUUGCACAGAAGGCUCAAUAGGAUUUAUGAGUUUUCGAAUAAAUCAGGCAAACCAAACGUUUUGCCUUUCCCCUCCCUACCUAGAAGUGAUAGAGUUAACAAAGCCUUAAACUUACUUAAGGUGGACAAUUUCAAGAGUCAUAAGGACAGAGAGAGAGACAAGGAUAAGGAUAGAAGUGAUGUGCCUCUUUCCUCUCAUACAUCCAUCAGUGAUGUGGCCAUUUCUGCCUUUCAUUCAACUCCAAGGCGGUUUUCUGUAAAGUCGAUUCCCUUUAUGAAGAAGGAUAUUGCAGAUUCUGAGGAUAGCCAGUUGAUCAGGAGACAAGAGGCCAAUGAAAAAUUUUUAAGUGACUUAGAAAAAUAUUUAGAUGCAUUAUUAUCAAACCUUAAAAGUGAUGACCUAUCUUUAAAAGUUUAUCAAUUUCUAGAAUUGUCCCCUAUGAGUUUUUUCUUGGUGAAUGAGCUGAGAGAAAAACAUAAAGAAGGUUACCUAUAUAUUACCACUUCCUCAGCAAAGCAAGGUUGGAGGGUUUCCCAUUUUAGAGUCCAAGAUUGGACAAGCACGAUCAAACGCCACACUAGUAAGUGGGUAAUUUUGGGUGAUUCUUACAUCAUGUACACUAAAAAUUUCCAUUCAACCAUAAUCGAGGAUGUUUUUUUGGUAGACUCUGCAACUUCUAUUGAAUACCAAGGCCAAACCACCACAGAAUACAUAGAGUUGGACGAUGACGGUACAGAAAAUGAGAAUACCAACGACCAUCAAGAUGAAACCGACUUAUUCUUCACUCCUGCUAGAAAGCUACUAAAUAAAACAAAUAAGUACCCAAAAAUCAAAAUGAGAAACAGUGAAAGGCAGUUUAAGUUGGUUGCAAAAUUACCCAAAAUUUCAAACAUUUGGGCUCAUGAAAUUCGGAGAAUGGUUUCUGAAACCGAAUGGUCACAAAAUCAGAGAUUUAAUUCAUUUGCGCCAAUUAGAAAUGAUUGCUUUGCUCAAUGGUUUGUGGAUGCAAGAAAUUAUUGGUACGCUGCUUCAACCGCCAUCAAUAUGGCUAAAGAUGUUAUUUAUAUUCAUGAUUGGUGGUUAUCUCCAGAAUUAUACUUAAGGAGACCCGCUAAUGGAAAUCAAGAUUGGAGGAUUGAUAGGUUACUACAAAAAAAGGCCAACCAAGGUGUUAAAAUUUACAUUAUCAUUUAUAGGAAUGUUGGUACUACUGUUGUAACAGAUUCUAUGUAUACAAAACAUUCUUUGCUUGAUUUACAUGAGAAUAUCUUUGUUUUAAGAUCACCAAAUCAAAUAAUGCAAAAUGUUUUCUUUUGGGCCCAUCAUGAAAAAUUGUUAAUUAUUGAUCAGACUGUAUGUUUCCUCGGGGGUAUUGACCUAUGUUAUGGUAGAUACGAUACUCCUGAUCAUGUUCUAGUAGACGACUCACUUACUAAAUUUGGAAAUGAUGAAGAAAAAGAUGACAAUACAGCUGUUAGUGAAGAUAGUAUAGGUCCUCCUAAUGUUGAUGAAAAUGAAGACAUGGAGAAGCUGCGGUAUGAUUUCCAGAGAGAAUUCCAAAUUUUUCCAGGUAAAGACUAUUCAAACCCACGUAAGAAAGAUUUCUUCGAUUUACCUGAUCCUCAUAAAGACAUGUACAAUAGGCAAUUUAUUCCUAGGAUGCCUUGGCACGACGUUCAUAUGGUAUCAAGUGGGCAAAUUGCCCGUGAUUUAUCCAGACACUUUAUUCAAAGGUGGAAUUACCUAAUUAGACAAAAAAGACCAUCGAGGCCUACUCCUUUGAUGGUACCGCCACGUUCUUUCACAAACGAUGAAUUAGAAGAAUUAGGAUUGAAGGGAACCUGUGAAAUCCAGCUUUUAAGAUCGAGCUGUGAAUGGUCGUUAGGUAUUAAAGAUCAUGAGCAAAGUAUACAAAAUGCAUAUGUCAAAUGUAUUGAAGAGAGUGAGCAUUUCAUUUACAUCGAAAACCAAUUUUUUGUAACAUCUACGACUAUUGACAACACCCUAGUUAAAAAUGAAAUUGGUAGUGCAUUGGUUGAUAGGAUUAUCUGUGCGCACACCAGGGGCGAAGCUUGGAAGGCUGUCAUUGUAAUUCCACUGAUGCCAGGGUUUGAAGCAGAUGUUGAUACAAAGGAAGGUGGAUCUGUUAGGUUGAUCAUGCAAUGUCAAUAUAUGUCAAUUUCUAUGGGCGAAAAUUCCAUUUUUGCUAGAUUGAGAAGGCUUGGUAUAAAACCAGAAGAUUACAUCAACUUUUAUUCUUUAAGGAAAUGGGGAUUAAUUAGUGACUAUAAGCUAUUAACUACGGAGCAGUUGUAUAUCCAUGCAAAAACUAUGAUAGUGGAUGAUAGAAUUGCAAUAAUAGGAUCAGCCAACAUUAACGAAAGGUCAAUGAGAGGUACAAGAGAUUCCGAAGUUUGUGCAAUUGUUAGAGACAAAGAUUUAAUCGAGUCCAAAAUGGACGGUAAAAAGUAUUAUGUGGGUAAAUUUGCUCAUAGCUUAAGAGUUAGAUUGAUGAGAGAACAUCUGGGAGUAGAUGUUGAUUUGAUUGAUCUAGUUGAACGUAGGUUUGCAGAAAUUGAGAAAUUCUGUAAGUCAGGAAAUGGAAUCAAAGCCUCGAUUUUAAGUAAGAAGGAUGGUAAUAUGCAAUUAAGUGCAAUGGUGGAAUUGGGCACUAGAUAUUUGCUAGGUUUGGAUCAAGGAACCCCAUAUUUCAAUGAAAUUAAAGAAGACGAAAGUUUGAAGGACCAGCUGACGAAGGAAAUGAAAAGCAACUUUACCAAGAUUGAAGUUAAUGCAGAGAGAUCUCAGAACCUGGACGAUCUUGUAUAUCCAGUUUCAUUCAACCAUAGAGUGGGUAAUGUUAAUCCUGGAUUAAGAAGUGACAAAAAUUUAUCUAACGAUGUUAGGGUUGCAAACGAAAACCAUCGAAAAGAAGUUGAAGGUGAAAUUGAUGGGUUUAGAUCAUCCAAUUUUAUAGUCGCAAAAAGGAAACUCAAAGAGUUCCUAAAACUGAGGGUGCAACGAACUUCAUCCGAAUCCAGUGACCCAGAAUCGCUACCAUAUUUUGAAGACAUUGUCGAAGUCUUGUCACAAAAAAAAUCCGAAAUCCUAAGUAAGAAGGAAAACAACUCAAUGAAUAUAGAUAGAUGGACUAUGAUCAAGAGGUUGUUUUAUAUGAGAAGGUUGUACUGUAAAAUAAAACUACAAAAUGAGAAGGAAGAGGUGUUUUUGGGAAAUAAUUCGGAAUCUUAUAAUGCUUUAAAAAAUAGGAAAACUUUCAACAACUUCAAUUCGGUAGAAGAUAAUAAUAGCUCGAAUUCACCACCCCCAGUUGAACAUUUAUUGAAUGGUGGAAUUAAUAGUAAUUUUGGCAAUAAUAAUAAUGUUGUGAUACCGGACAAUCCAUUAGUUAGUCUGACUGAUGAAGAAUUGCGAGAGAUUGAUAAAAUUCUGUUGCCACAAGUUGAUUACGACUUUAUUGAUCCAUAUAAUUUUGAAGACCCCUUAGAUAUAUCUUUUUUUGAGGGGACCUGGAUGGCGCAGGCAGUUAGGAAUACCAUGUUAUUCAGGAUGGUUUUCCAUGUCCAACCUGACGAUUUUGUUCAAACUUGGAAGGAUUACAAAGAUUACGAAGAAAUGAGGAAUGCAUUUGACAUAUAUCAACAUAUUUUGAAGGGGCAUCUUCAGAUAAAUGAAAGUGCCGAAUCACCCCCAAAAGAAGGAAAUAACUUACAAGACGAAACGGAGUAUGAAAAUGAAGAUGUUGAGGAACAUCAUCGUCGGCUACAGCGGAACGCCAAACUGAUAGAGCUCGAAAGAUUUCAAAUGUCUGUCACAAAUGAAAAUGCAGGAACCAGCAUCACUCCUUACGGGAAAGGAACAGUGUAUGACCACGAAACUGGAUUGAAAUUGAUGAAAAUGGUUAGAGGACAUGUUGUUUGCUUUCCUACCAGAUGGCUAAAGAAGGAGGUUGAAAGCUCUAAUUGGUUCUACAAGGCAGAUAAGCUACCUCCAAUCCAAAUCUACGAUUAG